AUCGUUAAAUUCGGUGCGGUAUUGCUGAAGGUGAAGGAUAUCAUUUAGCAGAAAGAAACUCGAAAUCUAAACAUCUUCAGAGAACGAAUAUGUCUGAUGAAGAGGAAAAACGAAAAGACAUUUCUCAGUUAAUUGAAAAGAUUGUAACCUCAAAUAAGGGAAAUAUUGACCCAAAAUUAUUUGGAGAACUGAAAACUAUUUGCAAGUUUGUGAUAUUUCGUAAUCACAGUCAUUUCUUGUACAAUCAGUUACAAUUCUAAUUGCAGGAGUUCGGUUCAAUUUGUAGAAUUAGCCUAUGUACAAAUUUAUGAACAGUUAAAAAAAGACCAUUGUGAAGUCCGCUUAGCAUCAUUGCGUCUCAUAAAAGAGCUAUUUGAAAGAUCUCAUUGUUUUCGAAAUUUACUCCUUGACGACUUUCAGGAGUUUAUAAACUUUACUUUGGGUAAAAUGAUGCAUAAUUUUUACGCCCAAUGCUCUAACAAAUAUUAAAUUCCUUUAAAAGAAAUCGACCCGCAAUAUCCUCUACCUUUACCAAAAGAGGCUGCUGCUACUCUUAAAAAGGAAACUGUUUCAUUAAUAGAGCAUUGGAAAAAUAAAUAUGCUGGCCAUUAUAAAAAGCUAUCAAUUGCGUAUCAUUAUCUAAAAAGUUCUAAUAAAGUUGAUUUUGAAAGUGAAGCUAUAAGAACGCAAGCGGAAAGACGUAGACUCGAAGAAGAGCAAAGGAGGAAAGAAAGCUUUCAGAAGAAGAGGUUGGAAGAAAUUCAGGAAGAAAUGAUUGAAAUAGCAGAGGAGAUGAGGAAUUGUUUAAUUCAAAUACAAAACUGUUUUGACCUUCUUAUACCCUCCGUUAACUUUUUCGAUAUUAUUCGUGAAGAGCCUACUCAGGACAAAGAUAUUGAUAGUGACAGUAAUGACAAAGACGGACGCCAAUCAGAGGAUUCAGAAUCAGAAUCCGAGCAAUUAUUUCAACAACAACCUUGGUAUAGAAACUUUACGCCUAUUACAUGUUCAAUACCAGACACUGUGAACGUUACUGAAACUGAUGAUAACAAAGACAUAAUCAACAGUUUAGAAGAUCAAGUUCGACUCAUUGAUGCAAGAUAUGUUCCAAAAAUUAAUAAAUGGCUUGAAAUUCUCACAAAAUAUGGAAGUGAAGAAGAUAAUAUAAAGAGAGCUAUUGAUAUGAAAGCGUAUAUGACAAAAGCAAAAGAUAAGUUCCAGCAUCUUCAAAUAGAGAAAAAAAAGAAAACGAAAACUAUAGAUACACAAGAUUCAGAUGAAGAAUCUGAUUUUGAAGAAGUGCCUGAAAAAGAAGGCUAUGAAGCAAAUAUUCCCGAGGAAUUACAUGAAGAAUAUGGGAUUAAGAAAAAAAAUAUAAGAAAGGCAAAGCCUACUGGUAGUUGGUCUGUCUUGCAAGAAAAUAGUGAAGAAGAUCCAGCAUCAUAUCAAGCAGCAGUUAAGGCGAUAGAAAAAAAAUUUGAAAAAAAUACUGAAUCAUACAAUCAAUCUUCAUCUCAAGACAGCAAAUCUGCAAUAUCUGGUCGGACCAAAAAAUUAAAAGAAAUUGCUCCAAUUGUACCUUUUGGAAAUGAUCUCUUGAAUUGGGGAUCUAAAAUUGAAGUUCCUUUAUUGCCUAAUUAUGAUCUUGAACAUCGUUUCUAUACAAAGAAAGAUAUUGAUAAUGAAGAUAAAAUUGACAAGAACGCCUUGGCGUCAUAUUCUUCGAGAGUAAUAAAUUAUGUUGGCAAAAGAGAACUUGCUAAAUGGAAAUGUAGAGCUCUAAUGCCAAAUGGAUCACUUUGCGAGAGGAUGGAUAAAAAAAAGUGUCCUUUUCAUGGAACAAUAAUACCUAGAAAUGAAUUCGGUGUUGCUGCUGAAGGUUAUAUAGACGAGAGUAAAGAAAUCAAGAAGAAAGAAAAGAAUCCAUGGGAGGAUGAAGAAUUACUGAGAGAAAUUGAAGCAGCUAAAGGCGUCUCACUUAUGAAAAAAAAGAAAAGAGGAAAACAGAAAGAUACACAACUGACAAAUAUAGAUAAAAUAAAAAAUACAUCACGCGAUAGAUUGAAAAAAAAGUUAUUACAUAAAUCAGCUAUUAAAAGGGUCGGUGAAUUAUUAGACACUAUCGAUAUGAAAAAGCAUAAAGACAAGUUUGCAAAUACUUUUGGACGCACUUUUACAUUUCGAUAAAAAGGACUUAAUAUGGUAGAAGAGAAAGGAUGAAAUUUCCUAUCGAAUGUUUUUUGCAUGUUGUGAUUGUCAAACUAUUUGUCUGUAAACAACUUCUUGCUAACAUAUCAGAGAGAGAUCAGAAGUUAUGAAUCUGAGUGUACAUACAACUUUUGAUUACAAAUACAGUAUAAGAAUAUAAAGAAA